GGACCCCCUUGCUUCAGCUCGGGCCCUCCUCGAGAAUAAAUCUUCCCAAUGCACAGUCAUUUUAACACAAACUAACCUGCUUGACCUAGAACCUGCGCGCCCACUGGCCACGUCCUGCCGCGAUCGUGCAGGAAGCCCUGUUAUCGGAUGUUCAUCAUCAUCAUUGGUACUAGGGCAUCUGGGAAGUCUACUAUUAAGGACUACUUAAUUCAGCGGAAGAAGUUCAAGCAUGUUCGUCUGGUCUAUAGUGGGAAUGCAAAAGAGACUGUUUCCAGCCCGCAGGAUCAGAACCCGACAAGCAUACCGCCUGUAAGCCAGGACGGUGCAUCUCAAGCAAUAGUUUCCAGUAACAAAACAGGUUUGAAAGUUGAUGAUCCCCGUUCAUUCAUCUCAAUGACAUCUAGUUCGGCAUCAAACAUAGCCGAUGAAAUUCGCCAGUCUGACCCAAACUUGGUCCCAGAUAUCGAUGGCACGCUUGGUUUUACAGACUCAGCACGGCUCCUUGAUCACGUCACGCGCAAUUGGCGGGAUAACUUCGUCACUGAAGAUAUCACGACGCGAGCCGUACUCGAGCCGUUCCUCAAGCGACCGUUCGUGUUGCUUGUCAGCGUUGAUGCACCUACCAUGACGCGCUAUGCGCGCUACCAGAAGUAUCGUCGUUCCCCACCUCCACCAAGCAAAUUCUCUUUUUUUAGUAACCGCACUUUGAUGUCUUCUAGCCGACAUGGCCCGCAGGCCGCUGCGGAGUCCUUGGAAAAUUUUGUCUCUGAUGACGACCGUGUGUCAUUCGGCCCCGAUUCAGAUAGCGUCACGACUGCAUACCUCUUUGCGAGCCAGCACCUCUGCCAUGUUAAUGUCAUCAACGCGUUCCCUUCUCUCGAACGGCUGUAUAACCAUCUCGAACUAAUCGACCUUCUCAAUGUGGACCGCCUUCGACCAAGCUGGGAUUCAUAUUUCAUGAAACUUGCAGCGCUAGCGUCACAUCGUUCAAACUGCAUGAAGCGACGAGUUGGGGCCAUUUUAGUAAAAGAUCAUUCAAUCAUCGCAACAGGGUACAACGGAACUCCCUACGGUGUACCCAACUGUAACGAAGGUGGCUGCAGGCGAUGCAAUGAGGGCGUACCUAGAUCAGUCGAUGGUUUUGAGGAGUGCUUAUGCAUCCACGCGGAAGAAAAUGCCCUUCUUGAGGCGGGCCGAGAGAGAGGAAAGGGAUGUGUUAUCUAUUGUAACACGUGCCCAUGUCUAAAGUGUACUAUCAAGAUUGUUCAGAACGGCAUACGAGAAGUUGUUUAUAACCUGAGCUACAAAAUGGAUGCAUCCUCCGCUCGCGUGUUUGAGAUAGCUGGUGUCAAACUUAGACAAUAUUCACCGCCAGCAUAGAUCCUCACCUUUUUUAACUGUUCGAACUUCGAAGUGUGACUAUACCGGAUCAUGCAUCAGUACAUAUUUAAUUGUGCAAUGUGCUAAGUGCUUUCUUGCUUUCUGUACCAAUAAAUUUAAUUGAU